ACGUAGUAAAGGACGCAUUAAUUAGCCGGAGGUCGUGGGGCUCGAGCUGCCGCCGCCAUCUUACAGAGAGCUCGGUGUUAACGGCCAUGUACCCGAGCUCGUUGCUCGCCCUGUCUGGGGGAAACCCCUUCAAUGCUCCCCGGUUCCAGCUUGUCACAGAGCCCGUCUCCCCUCGUACACGCAUCGCCAACAAGGCCGCGCCACCCGCUGAACGGGUCGUCCCUCGCCGCAGGCUGGCCGCGGCCGCUGCAGCUCCUUCCCCCGCCAUCACAGAGCAGGAACAGUACAGUUGCGAGUAUGGCUCGGCUCGCUUCUACGCCCUGUGCGGUCUGGGCGGUAUCCUGAGCUGCGGGACGACCCACACGGCCGUGGUGCCCUUGGACUUGGUGAAGUGCCGGAUUCAGGUGGACCCUGGAAAAUACCAGAGCAUCUUCAAAGGGUUUUCUGUCACUGUGAGAGAAGAUGGUAUUCGUGGUCUGGGAAAAGGUUGGGCCCCAACCUUCAUUGGUUAUUCGAUGCAAGGGCUAUGCAAAUUUGGUUUCUAUGAAGUUUUCAAGAACAUAUAUGGUGAACUACUAGGUGAAGAAAACGCUUAUCUCUGGCGUACGUCUUUAUACCUUGCUGCAUCAGCCAGUGCUGAGUUCUUUGCUGAUAUUGCACUUGCUCCAAUGGAGGCUUGUAAGGUCCGUAUUCAGACUCAGCCUGGCUAUGCCAACACUCUUAGAGAAGCUCUUCCUAAAAUGUAUGCUGAAGAAGGUCUCUGGGCAUUUUACAAAGGUGUUUCCCCUCUGUGGAUGAGGCAGAUUCCCUACACGAUGAUGAAGUUUGCUUGCUUUGAGCGUACGGUUGAAGCAUUAUAUAAAUAUGUGGUGCCUAAACCUCGUGACAAUUGUACCAAAGCUGAGCAACUGGUGGUGACAUUUAUUGCUGGUUAUAUUGCUGGUGUUUUUUGUGCUAUUGUAUCUCACCCUGCUGACUCUGUGGUGUCGGUUCUGAACAAGGAAAAGGGUAGCAGUGCAUUACAGGUUUUGAAAAGGCUUGGACCUCUAGGAGUGUGGAAAGGGCUUUUUGCCCGUAUUAUCAUGAUUGGCACUCUGACUGCCCUACAGUGGUUUAUCUAUGACUCUGUUAAGGUCUACUUCAGGCUUCCUCGUCCACCUCCCCCUGAGAUGCCAGCAUCGCUGAAAAAGAAGCUUGGGUUGAAGUAAAAAUGGGUGGACUUAAUUUGUUGCCCUGGCUAAGUCCGAUAUGUCGCAUAAGGCAUGUAAAAGACCUAUUUAAUACUGAGAAUAUCAUGUCUGUAAUGUCAUGUUGAUGAAGCUUGGCAGUGAGUGCAGAGUAUUCAUCAACGCCAAUUCUGAAUAAAGAACAGUGACCCAA